AAACUUCAAACGAUGUCUUUCGUUCGUUAUAUCGAUGAUCCAUUUUCCGCCGAUAUGUUUUUUACCAACCCAUUUUAUGACCCUAUGUUUGAUUUAAGUUUACCUUUUAGCACUUUGGCCACCAAUGCGUUACCUUUAACCGUCUUCGAUUAUAAUGACUUUGACUACUACAAUGAUGACCGUUAUAGCGACCGUGGACAAAAAAAACGAGAUCGUAAUCGUGGCGAAAAUUGGGAGCGUAAUAAAAGAUUUGAUCAAGCUCCUGAAAGAAAUUCCAAGCAUAUUAAUUCUAAAAUUACGAACGAGCGUGAAGGCGCAGUCUGGCGUCCCACCAGCGAUUUGUUCGAAACUCGCGAUGCUUUUAUUGUUCACAUUGAUUUACCCGUAAGCAGUCAACCAUCGAAAAAACCGAG